AUGCUUACUUUAGUAGGAGCUAAUAAGUUGUUACAUAAACUUCCAGCAUAUUCCUUCUCCGGCGGAAGAAUCUUUAUCACCAAAUGCGGCGCACUCGAUGUUAAUACACCGGCCAAUAAUCGAAACUUGAUCGAGAAAAUCAGAGAGAGGAUAACAAAUGACAAGGUCGAGAUAUCUCCGUCGGCAUACGACACUGCAUGGGUGGCAAUGGUGCCGGCGACGGAAUACUAUUCCGGCCUCGGCGGCGGCAACGGUGAUCGGCCCUUUUUCCCGAAGUGCUUGGAUUGGAUAAUGGAAAACCAGAAUUCAGACGGGUCGUGGGGUUUGGAUCCGGAUCACCCGUUUCUCGUUAAAGAUCGUCUCUCUUGCACCUUGGCGUGUGUGCUCGCUCUUACCAAAUGGGGUGUUGGCCAACGACUAGUACAAAAUGGCAUGGAUUUCAUUGCAUCCAACGGUUGGGCGGCAGCUAACAAUAACGAUCAGUUUUCGCCCGUUGGAUUCGAUAUUAUAUUCCCUUGGAUGGUAAAUUAUGCUAAAGAGCUUGAUUUAACUCUGCCCUCGACCCUCACUUCACAUGUUGUUGAUUCAUCGCUUCACGUUCAAGAUUCCGAUAUUCGACGAAAGCAAAACGUCCAAGUAUAUGCGAUGGAAGGACUCGGUAAAGCGUGCAAUUGGAAGGGGGUAAUAUCGGAACAUCAAAAGAGUAAUGGUUCGUUGUUCAACUCACCAGCUACUACUGCAGCUGCUUUGAUUCACUGCCGUGACGAUAAAUGCUUCGAGUACUUGAUCUCGGUUCUUAAUGCUAACUGCAGUGGAUGGGUGCCUACUAUUUACCCGAUGAAUAUAUACGCCCGUCUUUGUGUGGUUGAUACCCUCGAAAAAUUGGGUAUAAAUCGGUAUUUUGAAUUUGAGCUACGCAACAUUCUUGAUGAAAUAUACGGGUGA